CAGCAGCCUUGCGCCGUCUGGAUGAGAGCGGAGGCAUCUGCUUACCGAGUGUGGCCGCGGUCCUCUGUCUGGCCUGGGGACCACAGUGCUGUCUACCCGGACUCAGCCUCCUGCUCGCCGCUGUCACCACGACGUCCACUGUACGGUUGAACAGUUUACCUUGGUGCGCUGGUGAAGAAGGAGGACUGGAAUCCUCCUAGAAACGCCUCCUGGGAGAGGAGGUGGUCGUGGAGGACCGGGAGGAGGAGGCGGAGCGGAAGGUGGCGGCUGUGCAGGCGGUGACAGCUUUGGACGAGCGGUGUUGGGGAGCGGGACCGAGCGGGGAGCGGCCGGUGCGGGGCGUCCCCGUGGUGCGCGCCCAGAGCCGGCUGGCGGGACCUGCGUGGAAGCGUGGCUGGCGGGCUGUGGACCACGUCCCCAUCACAAUGGUCCGGCUCCUGUUGGUUUUCUUCCCAGCGAUCUUUUUGGAGAUGUCCCUUCUCCCCAGAAGCCCCGGCAGGAAAGUGUUGCUGGCGGGAGCCUCGUCUCAGCGCUCGGUGGCCAGAAUGGAUGGAGAUGUCAUCAUUGGAGCGCUCUUCUCAGUCCAUCACCAGCCUCCAGCGGAGAAGGUGCCCGAGAGGAAGUGUGGGGAAAUCAGGGAGCAGUACGGCAUCCAGAGGGUGGAGGCUAUGUUCCACACGUUGGAUAAGAUCAACGCGGACCCGGUGCUCCUGCCCAACAUCACCCUGGGCAGUGAGAUCCGGGACUCCUGCUGGCACUCAUCCGUGGCUCUGGAGCAGAGCAUUGAGUUCAUCAGGGACUCUUUGAUUUCCAUUCGCGAUGAGAAGGAUGGACUCAACCGGUGCCUGCCUGACGGGCAGCCCCUCCCCCCAGGCAGGACUAAGAAGCCCAUUGCCGGUGUGAUCGGCCCGGGCUCCAGCUCCGUAGCCAUUCAAGUGCAGAACCUGCUCCAGCUCUUUGACAUCCCCCAGAUUGCAUAUUCCGCCACAAGUAUCGACCUGAGUGACAAAACUUUGUACAAAUACUUCCUGAGGGUUGUCCCUUCUGACACUUUGCAGGCAAGGGCGAUGCUUGAUAUAGUCAAGCGUUACAAUUGGACCUAUGUCUCUGCAGUCCACACGGAAGGGAAUUAUGGGGAGAGUGGAAUGGAUGCUUUCAAAGAGCUGGCUGCCCAGGAAGGCCUCUGCAUCGCCCAUUCGGACAAGAUCUACAGCAACGCCGGGGAGAAGAGCUUCGACCGACUCUUGCGCAAGCUCCGAGAGCGGCUUCCCAAGGCCAGAGUGGUGGUCUGCUUCUGCGAAGGCAUGACGGUGCGCGGCCUCCUGAGCGCCAUGCGGCGCCUGGGCGUCGUGGGCGAGUUCUCACUCAUUGGAAGUGAUGGAUGGGCAGACCGAGAUGAAGUCAUUGAAGGUUAUGAGGUGGAAGCCAACGGGGGAAUCACAAUAAAGCUGCAGUCUCCAGAGGUCAGGUCAUUUGACGAUUAUUUCCUGAAACUAAGGCUGGACACUAAUACAAGGAAUCCUUGGUUCCCUGAAUUCUGGCAACAUCGGUUCCAGUGCCGCCUACCGGGACAUCUUCUGGAAAAUCCCAACUUUAAAAGAAUCUGCACAGGCAAUGAAAGCUUAGAAGAAAACUACGUCCAGGACAGCAAGAUGGGCUUUGUCAUCAACGCCAUCUAUGCCAUGGCCCACGGGCUGCAAAACAUGCACCAUGCCCUCUGCCCCGGCCACGUGGGCCUCUGCGAUGCCAUGAAGCCCAUCGAUGGCAGGAAACUCCUGGACUUCCUCAUCAAGUCCACAUUCAUCGGUGUGUCUGGAGAGGAGGUGUGGUUUGAUGAGAAAGGGGACGCUCCUGGAAGGUAUGAUAUCAUGAAUCUUCAGUACACUGAAGCUAAUCGCUAUGACUACGUACACGUGGGAACCUGGCACGAAGGGGUGUUGAACAUUGAUGACUACAAAAUCCAGAUGAACAAGAGUGGAAUGGUACGGUCUGUGUGCAGUGAGCCUUGCUUGAAGGGACAAAUUAAGGUCAUACGGAAAGGAGAGGUGAGCUGUUGCUGGAUUUGCACAGCCUGUAAGGAGAACGAAUAUGUGCAAGAUGAGUUCACCUGCAAAGCCUGUGACUUGGGCUGGUGGCCCAAUGCAGAUCUCACAGGCUGUGAACCCAUUCCUGUCCGCUACCUUGAGUGGAGCAAUAUAGAAUCCAUCAUAGCCAUCGCCUUUUCCUGCCUGGGCAUCCUCGUUACCGUGUUUGUCACGCUCAUCUUUGUGCUAUACCGGGACACACCAGUGGUCAAGUCUUCUAGUCGAGAGCUCUGCUACAUUAUCCUCGCUGGCAUCUUCCUCGGUUACGUGUGCCCUUUCACUCUCAUUGCCAAACCGACCACCACAUCCUGCUACCUCCAGCGCCUCCUGGUUGGCCUCUCUUCUGCCAUGUGCUACUCUGCUUUAGUGACCAAAACCAAUCGCAUUGCGCGCAUCCUAGCUGGCAGCAAGAAGAAGAUCUGCACCCGGAAGCCCAGGUUCAUGAGCGCCUGGGCCCAGGUGAUCAUUGCCUCAAUUCUGAUUAGUGUGCAGCUAACCCUGGUGGUGACCUUAUUCAUCAUGGAGCCCCCCAUGCCCAUUCUGUCAUACCCAAGUAUCAAGGAAGUCUACCUUAUCUGCAAUACCAGCAACCUGGGCGUGGUGGCCCCUUUGGGCUACAAUGGACUCCUCAUCAUGAGCUGUACCUAUUAUGCCUUCAAGACCCGCAACGUGCCCGCCAACUUCAAUGAGGCCAAAUAUAUCGCUUUCACCAUGUAUACCACCUGUAUCAUCUGGCUGGCUUUUGUGCCCAUAUACUUUGGGAGCAACUACAAGAUCAUCACUACCUGCUUUGCAGUGAGCCUCAGUGUAACGGUGGCCCUGGGGUGCAUGUUCACUCCCAAGAUGUACAUCAUUAUUGCCAAGCCCGAGAGGAACGUCCGCAGUGCCUUCACCACCUCUGAUGUAGUCCGCAUGCACGUCGGCGACGGCAAGCUGCCCUGCCGCUCCAACACCUUCCUCAACAUUUUCCGAAGAAAGAAGCCAGGGGCAGGGAAUGCCAAUUCUAAUGGCAAGUCUGUGUCAUGGUCUGAACCAGGUGGAAGACAGGUGCCCAAGGGACAGCACAUGUGGCACCGCCUCUCUGUGCACGUGAAGACCAAUGAGACGGCCUGCAACCAAACAGCCGUCAUCAAGCCCCUCACUAAAAGCCACCAAGGCUCUGGCAAGAGCCUGACCUUUUCAGAUACCAGCACCAAGACCCUUUACAACGUGGAGGAGGAGGACGCCCAGCCGGUGGGCUUCAGCCCUCCCAGCAGUCCUUCAAUGCUCGUGCACCGACAGGUGCCCGCGGCGAGCACCCCGCCUCUGCUGCCCCACCUGACAGCAGAGGACACCCCCCUGUUUCUGGCCGACCCAACCAUGCCCAAGGGCUUGCCCCCGCCCCUCCAGCAGCCGCAGCAGCAACUGCAACAGCAGCAACUGCAACAGCAGCAACUGCAACAGCAGCAGCAGCAGCAACAGCAGCAGCAGCAGCAGCAGCAGCAGCAACCGCCGAAAUCCUUCAUGGGCCAGCUGCAGGGAGUGGUCAACAAUUUCAGUGCCGGGAUCCCGGAUUUCAACGCUGUGCUCGCAGUCCCCGGGGGUCCGGGGAACGGGGUGCGGUCCCUGUACCCGCCCCCGGCACCCCCGCAGCACCUGCAAAUGCUCCCGCUGCAGCUGAGCACCUUGGGGGAGGAGCCCGCCUCCCCCGCAGCCGAGGACGACGACGACGACGAGGACGACAGCGAGAGGUUUAAGCUCCUGCAGGAGUACUUGUACGAGCGGGAGGGGAACACGGAGGAAGACGAGCUGGAAGAGGAGGAGGAGGAGGACCCCCCGGCGGCGGCCAGCAAACCCACCCCGGAGGAGUCGCCUGCCCUGACGCCUCCGUCGCCUUUCCGCGACUCCGUGGCCUCCGGCAGUUCGGUGCCCAGCUCCCCCGUGUCCGAGUCGGUGCUCUGCACCCCUCCCAACGUGACCUACGCCUCGGUCAUUCUGAGGGACUACAAGCAAAGCUCUUCCACCCUGUAGGGGAGGAGACGGUGUCCACAUGGAAAAGCAGGAGGAGAGGGCGAGCGCCGGCGCCCCCGGGGAGCUGCAGAAAGCUGGGGGAAGCCUAGGGGUGGAGGGCGAGGUCAGAGGGCAAGCGAAGGCUGCUGCCGCCGCCGCAAGGGACACCAGAGAGUACUUACCGUACUCAGCGAGCCAAAAGUGACCUGGGCGAGGAAUCUGAUUCUUGGAUUAUUCAAAGCCUUUUCUGGGAAGAAAGGGAAUUCUGACAAAGCACAAUCCCAUGUAGUAUGUAACACUUAUCACAAAGGUAAAUCAAUAAAAUAAAAUCGACAAAAAUGAUCUCCCCGGUUCGGACAAUUGUGCGUAGAUAUGCAUGCCCACAUACUCUUGGCCCAUUUGGAAAGGGGCGGCACAUGAGGAUAAUCCCGUGUAACCAUGAGUUCACCUCGUGGUAUUUCUGGUAUUCCUGGUGAACCUGGUGGAUAUUUCUGGUGUUCCUGGUGAGCCUGCUGGAGUCAGGCAGAGCAGGCGGGUGAAGGAGGGGCAAGCACGGAACCUCCCAGACAACCCAGGACAGGACCACAGACUCCUGGUCCCCAGGAGGCUCCACAACCUGCCGGGGUAGGGGCAUCUCUUCACCUGCUCCUGGCGCGGUGCCAACCUGCUACCACACUUUGAGAAAGGUGCAGGGGCGCUCCACUGCUCUGUGAUUUCCCUCUAUUUAGGAAAACAGAAAUACGAGCAAAAUUAUCACCAGAAAGCGCUACAUCAGGCAUACUAGAAAAGGAUGCAAUGAGAAGCAAGACAAUAAAUACAUAAGCAUGGGUCUUUGAACAAAAUCAGCACAAUCAUCUUCCCAUAUUUGAUACUCACUUCCUGACAAUUUGAGGGGAAAGUCAGAAUAAGAGACUGUUUUAAAGUGGCAGAAGAUCUUUUGUGGAUUACCUUGUGCGUGUGCCAAGGGGCUCACCUUUGCCCUUCAAUUACAGAGAACAAACCAUGUGGCAAAAUUGUUACCUUCCAUUUACUGUAGCAAAUAAUACCUACCAGUUGAACCUCUAAGAUGCAGUAUGUGUAUUUGGUGCCAAUGUUUCUCCUACAUACUAAAGAAACAAAUCCAUCUUUGAAUUUAAUGGUGUACUCAUAGCAACUAACACUGGCGAGUUAAAUGUUUAAUGACAAAGAAUACUUUCAUAUUGUCACAGAAGUCCCUGUAACUAGCGAGUGGAUGUGUACUUGUGUCCUCGUAUACACGUGAUGAUAAAAUUUGUGCAAUGUAAUGUCCAUCUACCUGCAACUAGAAGAUCGUCUUUCUGAUAUGAUAUAGCUAUUUUUAUGUUCCAAUGAUGUUUUGUAUACCAUCGUCGCCAAUAUCUACAGGAACUCUAUGAAGGUUUGAGUGCUGUGGUCCAAUGUUUUACAUAUGCUACUCAGACAGUCCUUCCUCUUCUAAGAGGAAACUUAUUUUUCAAGUAUUUUAUGAUGUGGGAAUAUGUUAUUAAUGAAGUGGUUUGAAAAUUUGUUAUAUGGAAAGUUUAUAAGAACUGUGGGUAACAAUAACAAGGUAUGUUUUAUAAACUUGCACAUGUCAUUAUUGAAACAUAAGAUUGAAAUGAUGGUAUUUAGAUUAUUUCAGGAUAUUUUAGGGUUUUUUAAAAAAGAUU